AUGAGUAGAAAAGCAAACCGUUUUAUAGACCGCCUGCGUAUUUACGUCAAAUCUGGUUCCGGUACUGCCGGUAAUCCUCUUGUUCGUGGAAAAGGCGGAGAUGGUGGCAGCGUUUACCUGAAAAGUGUUGAGGGCUUCAGUCUAAGUGAUAUUAUUAAAAAAUACCCAAAGAAACGUUUCAUCGCGUCUUCCGGAGGUAGUGCAACUUCUCGAAAAUGUUGUUUUGGAACCAAGGGUGCAGACGUUGAGGUUCCCGUACCAGUUGGGAUUUCAGUUUCUCUCAAUAAUCCUGGUGAACCAGUCCGAUUAAUUGGUGAUUUGAACCAACCCAAUCAACGUCUCUUAGUCGCACAGGGUGGUUACGGUGGUUCCUCUGUAACGAAUUUUUUCGGAACACCCGGAGAAGCUCGUUCCAUCGUUCUCGAUUUAAAGUUACUGGCAGAUGUCGGUCUUAUCGGACUUCCAAAUGCUGGGAAAUCGAGUUUGCUUCAUGCCCUUUCUGGUGCGAAGACGAAAAUCGCCGCUUAUCCUUUCACUACUCUUCGUCCACAGAUUGCAACUCUUUUUUAUCCUGAUCAUCGAUCUAUCACAAUGACAGACUUACCCGGAUUAUCGGAUAUUGCCGCCAAAAUGUGUGCCGAAAAUAAUCUUAUGGAAGCCCCACCUCUAAGACAUGCGGGGUUUUUAAAGCAUGUUGAAAGAACGUCUUGUCUUCUUGUCGUUCUCGACGCUUUGGGUUUUCAAGCUAAUCAACGCGCUCCACUGAGAAAUCCCGUUUCAGCUGCUAUGCUUUUGAUUAGUCAACUUCAGCGGCAUGCAUUCGGCCGUCUGUUGGGCAAACCAAUGCUUUGUGCUAUUAACAAGAUUGAUUUGCCGUGCGCUGAGGACGUGGCCAACGAGGCGAGGGAAAUAUUGAUGAGUAACGACUGCGACUAUAUCAUGAAGACUAGUGGGCUUCCUUCUGUACUCCUGCCUAAGCAUGAAUUCCGUUUUGAGGAGGUGUAUCUAAUAUCCGCCGCCAAGCGUACAAACCUUAAAAAUCUCAAAACUGGAUUGCGAUAUUGGCUUGACGUUAUUGAGUUGAGGCGACGUAAAGAUGAUUUGGAAGAAGUAGAGAAAGAAGUUAAAGAAUCUAUAGAUUAUGCUCUUAAGGACCAUUUACCGACUAUUCACUAA